GAGCGUGACUCCUCCCCUCCUGGGGCAGCCAGGCGCUAGGCCCAGCGGGGAUCCAAGCAGCCCUCGGGAGAGGGAGGCAGUGCCUGUACCCGGGCCCAAGGUCACCGGGCGACCGACAGAUGCAUGCCGCAGGCCCCGGCCACUACGGACGCGACUGCCCGGGCCUUGGAUAUGCCAGAUCGAGUGCCCACCCGUCCGUGGGACUGGCCUCCUGACUCGACCUGCCCCGGCCUCUGCUUCACCCCACUGGUGGCCAAAUAGCCGAUGUCUAACCCUUACACAAGCACAUACGGCGUCUGGUGAUUCUUGGGAAUUCCCUCGCUAAGUCACGCCUGAGACUCAUGGGGAGAUACUAGACCUGAGACUGCCCUGGGAGGCGCACACAACCAGGUCGGGUGGCAGCCAAGACCUCUCCCAUGUCCCUGCUUUUCUUAGCUCCGUGACUCAGCCCAGCAACCAUGCCAGGGCUGAACUAGCUGACACAGGGGGAGGAGCCCCUAAGUGGACUGGAGCGAUCUUCCUUUCACUUUCCCUACCCCUCAGGACUCACAGGACAGCCAUGGCUCCAAAGCGGAAGCCCUCGGUACAGACUGAGGGCCCUGAGAAGAAGAAAGGGCGGCAGGGGGCAGGGGAGGAGGACCUCUUCCGCUCCGCUGCUGAGGCCCUCAGGGCCGCACCUGCAGAGAAGCGCAUAAUCCGUGUGGAUCCGACGUGUCCGCUCAGCAGCAACCCUGGGACCCGGGUGCAUGAGGACUACGACUGCACCCUGAACCAGACUGACAUCGGGAAGAACAACAACAAGUUCUACGUCAUCCAGCUGCUCCAGGACGGCAGCCGCUUCGCCUGCUGGACCCGCUGGGGCCGCGUGGGAGAGCUCGGCCAGUCGAAGCUCAACCCCUUCACAACACUAGAAGAUGCAAAGAAGGACUUUGAGAAGAAAUUUCAGGAAAAGACCAAGAACAAAUGGGCAGAGCGAGACCGAUUUGUGGCCCACCCUGGCAAGUACACACUUAUCGAAGUGCAGGGAGAGGAUGAGGCCCAGGAAGCUGUGGUGAAGGUGGACGGAGGCCCAGUGAGGACUGUGGCUAAGCAGGUACAGCCCUGCUCCCUGGACCCAGCCACGCAGAAGCUCAUCACUAACAUCUUCAGCAAGGAGAUGUUUAAGAAUGCCAUGGCCCUCAUGGACCUGGAUGUGAAGAAGAUGCCCCUGGGAAAGUUGAGCAAGCAGCAGAUUGCACGUGGCUUCGAGGCCUUGGAGGCGCUGGAGGACGCCCUGAAAGGCCCCAGGGAUGGUGGCCAGAGCCUGGACGAGCUGUCCUCCCACUUUUACACCGUCAUACCGCACAACUUUGGCCGUAGCCGGCCCCCGCCCAUCAACACCCCAGAGCUUCUGCAGGCCAAGAAGGACAUGCUGCUGGUGCUGGCAGACAUCGAGCUGGCCCAGGCCCUGCAGGCAGCCUCUGAGCAGAAGAAGAUGGUGGAGGAGGUGCCACACCCCCUAGACCGAGACUACCGGCUUCUCAAGUGCCAGCUGCAGCUGCUGGACCCUGGGGCACCUGAGUACAAGGUGAUACAGACCUACUUAAAACAGACUGGCAACAACCACAGGUGCCCUACUCUUCAACACGUUUGGAGAGUAAACCGAGAAGGGGAGGGAGACAGAUUCCAGGCCCACUCCAGACUGGGUAAUCGGAGGCUGCUGUGGCACGGCACCAACGUGGCCGUGGUGGCCGCCAUCCUCACUAGUGGGCUCCGCAUCAUGCCACAUUCUGGUGGGCGUGUUGGCAAGGGCAUCUACUUUGCCUCAGAGAACAGCAAGUCAGCUGGCUAUGUUACUGGCAUGAACUGUGGGGACCAUUACAUCGGCUACAUGUUCCUGGGUGAGGUGGCCCUGGGCAGAGAGUACCAUAUCACCAGGGACAACCCCAGCUUGAAGACCCCACCUCCUGGCUUCAACAGUGUCAUUGCCCGAGGCCACACCGAGCCUGAUCCGACCCAGGACACUGAGCUGGAGCUGGAUGGCCAGCGAGUAGUGGUGCCCCAGGGCCGGCCUCUGCCCUGCCCAGAGUUCAGCAGCUCCACAUUCUCCCAGAGCGAGUACCUCAUCUACCAGGAGAGCCAGUGUCGCCUGCGCUACCUGCUGGAGGUUCACCUCUGAGUGCCCACUCUGUCCCCCUGGGUCCUGCACGGCUGGACGGUGAUCUUCACUCUUCCCUGUCUCCGUUUCCCCCGUAUCACUCCGUUUUUCAAGAAUGCAAUACAUUGUUGUUAACUACAGUCACCGAGCUGUACAAGAUCCCUGGAUUUACCCCUCCUGUCUGACUGAAAUUUUGUAUUCUUUGACCCACAGCUGCCCAGCCCCUCUCCUCCCAGCGUUCUCCUCUUUACUUGUAUAAGGCAGCUUCUUUAGGCUCCACAUGUAAGUGAGGUCAUGCGAUGUUUGUCUUUCUGUGCCUGGCUUAUUUCACUUAGCAUAAUAUCCACCAGGUUCACCCAUGUUUUCAUAAAGGACAGGAUUUCUCCCUUUUU